AUGGAAUCGCCCGAGCAUUGUGCUCGCUGUCGCGCUAAAUCGAUAGUCCGUUAUAAGAACGAUGACCUCUGUGACCAUUACCGAUCCCAACACGUCUUAAAAAAGCGGACAACCUUCUCUCCGAAAAGACACUCGCCUGAAUGUCCCAAGUCUCGGACCUUCGAGGAAGAUGAACGGAGGAAUGAGAUCGCCGCCUGCAUCGACAAAUUCGCUUUGGCGAAAAGGUUGCACGCGGAGAACCUGCAGCACCAGCCGCUCCCGGAUCGGGUGGACGACUCCAUCUUCAGGAAAGGAUGUCGCGCUUGUUCGGCCAGCUACAAACGGGACGCGAAGUGGAAUCAGGAUCGAGCGAAUCUUGCAACGAGGGUAGAGAAUCGCUUCAGACCCGCGCUCGGCUGCAAGAAACCGGAAACCCGGAUGGACCUGGCGAUUUGCUGGGAGACGCCAAUAGAUCCAGUAUAUGAGCCUCGCAGAGCGACGCACAUCGACGGUUCCGAGGGUGGCUCAGCCCCGGCGAUCUUUGCCAUGAUCCAGCACACGCCAGUGCCGAAAAAUCGCGAGCUUCUGUCUCGUAACGAGGAGAGAAACAAGUGUAGUUGUGCGAGACAAGACGAGGCGGAAAGAGACCUGAACAAGAAUCGAUGCUGCUAUAAUCAUUCCUGCAACGGUGAGGAAUAAUAACUCUGUGGCGAACGGCGAUGCGAGAAGCCGUCCAGGUCGAAUUCCGUGCCACGCAUCACCGAGCGCAAGUGCAUGGCUUGCCGGGGAGGUGAAACGGAAGCGGAACUCGAGCGGCGAAGAAAGGAUCCGAGACUGAUCCGGUCCGCGGUGGGUUUCGCGCUCGGUCUCGAGGAAAAACGCGGACCAACGACGGGCGACGACGCGCGCAGAAACGGAUUACCGCCGAUGAAGAUGAUGGUGCCGCGGCCGAGGACUCCCUUUGCGAGGCGCGCCUUCUGCAUCGACACUCUGACACCGCCGUUCAGCGUGAUGAAUGGCUGCCGGGAUGCCGAUUACCCCGAGCACUGGCGCCUCAUGUCUGUGUACCAGCAGUCGUACAGGAACCCGCAAAAACGAAGGACUCGCCGCUUCUAAUUAG